CCGCACGGCCUUUGCUUGUUGAUAGUCUGUGAAUAGCGUGUCACAUCGCUGCUUAGCAACACCACAGCCGCUUGCGAGCGGUUGGUCGCCUGGAGUCGCGUCUCCGCCUCCUCCGAGUCAGAGAGGCCAGUACCGGCUCGGCAGCGGCUCGAGUGGUCGCACCCGUUAGACAGCCUGGCCGAGAGGGGUGGGCAGUCUAACGGUGUCUCUGGUGUGUGGGAGUGACCGCAUUGCGGUGGGCGGGGCCUGUGUUCCCGGCUGCGCUCCUCCCACAUUGACUCCCCUGGGAGUUCGCCUGGGAGCAGAGGAAGCAUCGGGGCUGCCCGUGCUGUGUGAGUCAGUGACGAGAACGGGGAUGCCGGGGCGCUGCCGUGCUGACUGGAGAAGAAGCUGGGGAGCGGAGGUCGUGGACACGGUGGGGGAUCGACAGCCCGGAGUUCAGGUCCUUGCCCCCCACUGGCCUCUCCCUGCUCAUCCGCCAUGUUAACGAGGAAAGCCUGUGCGGCUGCAGCGGUGCAUCCGACCGGCAGAGGAAGUGAAGGUACUAGUCAGUUGCAGCCAUCUCCUGCCUUACCCCGAUCCGCAGCUGGGACCGGACCGCCAUCUCCGGUAUCAUUGCCACCUUUAAGAACCAGCAACGCAACACACACGAUUGGAGGCAAUAAGCACACCAUGAAUGAACAUCUGCACAUUAGCAGCCAUGGACAGAUCCAGGUGCAGCAACUGUUUGAAGAGAACAGCAACAAAAGGACCGUCCUGACGACGCAACCCAACGGGCUCACAUCUGUUAGUAAAACUGGAUUACCUGUCGUUUCAGAAAGACACCUAGAAAGCACACACCGUAGGCAAGGAAGUUCUAGCUCUUUGAAAUCUUCAGAUGGGACAACCAAAGUAAAGUCCUCUUCGUUAACCCCAGAACAAGCCAUGAAGCAAUACAUGCAAAAAUUGACAGCCUUUGAGCACCAUGAAAUUUUCAACUAUCCAGAAAUUUAUUUUGUGGGUCCAAAUGCAAAGAAACGUCAAGGUGUGAUUGGUGGCUCAAAUAAUGGCGGCUAUGAUGAUGACCAGGGCUCAUAUAUGCAAGUGCCACAUGACCAUGUUGCUUAUCGUUACGAAGUUCUUAAGGUGAUUGGCAAAGGAAGCUUUGGGCAAGUUGUGAAGGCUUAUGAUCACAAGCUCCAUCAGCACGUGGCCUUAAAAAUGGUAAGGAACGAGAAACGUUUCCAUCGUCAAGCCGCCGAAGAAAUUCGCAUCCUAGAGCACCUAAAGAAGCAGGAUAAAGAUAACAACAUGAAUGUCAUCCACAUGCUGGAGAACUUCACAUUCCGCAACCAUAUCUGCAUGACGUUUGAGCUGCUGAGCAUGAACCUUUAUGAGCUCAUUAAGAAAAACAAAUUUCAGGGCUUCAGCCUGCCUUUAGUUCGCAAGUUUGCGCACUCAAUUUUACAGUGCUUGGAUGCUUUGCACAAAAACAGAAUAAUCCACUGUGACCUUAAACCUGAAAACAUUUUGCUGAAGCAACAGGGUAGAAGUGGCAUAAAAGUGAUAGAUUUUGGCUCAAGCUGUUAUGAGCAUCAGCGUGUGUACACGUACAUACAGUCACGUUUUUAUCGAGCUCCAGAGGUAAUACUUGGCGGUCGCUACGGCAUGCCUAUUGACAUGUGGAGCUUGGGUUGUAUUCUAGCAGAAUUGUUGACUGGUUAUCCACUCUUACCCGGUGAAGAUGAAGGAGAUCAGUUGGCAUGCAUGAUUGAACUACUGGGGAUGCCUUCCCAAAAACUGCUUGAUUCUUCAAAACGAGGCAAGAAUUUUGUCAGCUCCAAAGGUUAUCCUCGUUAUUGCACUGCUACAACUCUGCCAGAUGGAUCUGUGGUACUGAACGGUGGCCGUUCUCGAAGAGGAAAACUACGAGGCCCUCCUGGGAGUAGGGACUGGGUAACUGCAUUGAAAGGCUGUGACGAUCCCUUGUUUCUUGAUUUUCUAGCGCAAUGUUUAGAAUGGGAUCCUGCUUUGCGCAUGACUCCUAGCCAAGCGUUACGACAUCAUUGGCUACGUAGACGCUUGCCAAAGCCUCCGACCGGAGAGAAGACCUCCUCCAAAAGAAUAACUGAAAGCUCUGGUGCUAUAACAUCCAUUUCCAAGUUACCUCCCACAUCAGGCUCAGCUGCAAAACUAAGAACUAAUUUGGCCCAAAUGACCGAUGCCAAUGGAAAUAUUCAGCAAAGGACUGUGUUGCCAAAGCUUGUUAGCUGAUCUAAUGAAGACCUUUCUUUGAACACCUUGUUGAGCCUUAUUCAUUACAGCUCAAGUUCGUAAUCUUUUUAAUUGCUGUUUGUAGCAACUCUUUAUCUGUGCAGCCAUUUAUCAUUUUUUUUAGUAAUAAUGCAAUUUUAUAUUUAAACAUUGGGGACGAUGCUUUAAGGUUUUAUUAUUUUUUUUAUUUUAAGUAUAGCAUUUAUAAUUGGCUUUGCUUAGGAAGUGUCAAAGUCAGUGGCUGGCCACUGACUAUUGCUUGACUGUUGAACAUAACUUAUUGUCGGAAGGUUUAACCACCAUUCAUGCAUUUUUAAAGCAGUGGCUGAAGUACUACAACAAAUCUAGACAUAUUUUUUGACUUCAUGUGGAGACGCACAUUAUAGUAUGUAUACGUGGUGGUGCACAGUUGGCAUAAAGCUCACUUGUUGGGUAUUGCAUUUUUUCCAGGUCUUUCAAUGAACAGAUGAGCAGCAAGUAACAGGUUAAGAGAAAGUGACCCACUUAAUAUAUAUAAUAACAUAAUAGGUACUUGGGGGAUUGUCACGAUUCAUUUUUAUGUUUCUGACCAACACCACUCUUUAGGGCCAAGACCAGAACCCCCACGUCAAAAGUAGUCCACUAAGUUACGCAUAGUGCAGGGCCUUGGAGGUUGGAGUGUGGCGCAGGAAUUCAGGGAACACCAAAGGGAAUCCCUGUGUCUUCUACCAACUCUUCAGGAUCAUGGCACAUUUCUUUAUGAAUUGCUCUUGGACUAGAUUUCAGUGGCCGACAGUUCAGAUUUUCACUAUUAAAAGCAUUUACAUUCUGGCUUCCCUUGUUGACAUGGCUGUUCCUGACAGUUGGAUCUGCCAUAGUUUACUGGUCUCAGGGAGGCCCACUAUGUAAUAAAGAAGACCCGGCAGCUCGCCUAAUAUUUCUGUUUUACUUGCCAUGAAAUAACUAUUCUGUAUUGUUUCUGCAUUGUGCUAUUCCUCUGUUACUGCUCCUAGAAAUAUAAGAAAUAAUUAUCAGCUGGGUGUAGCCCUUGCCCUUAUCCAAGUACUGGUACUGUCAGCACUGAUUGGACAGUGCAGGAAUAACAGGGGAACGAAACAAUGCAGAAUUGUUAUAUUAUGGGGAUUUACUAAAACGGACACGUCAGGAGAGCUGACAUUUCCUCUUUAGGACCCUAGGCCCUUUUUAUUACAUACUAGGACUGGGCGAUAUGGCCUAAAAUCUAUACCGCGAUAUAAUUUGAACUAUGUGCGAUAACAAUAUAUAUCGCGAUAUAUGAUUUUCUUCUCUAUGUAUACUUGCAAUCAUCCAUGUCCCCCAGCCAGCACCAUCAGCCCCAUGCCAUAGCCAUCCUCCAACCCAACCGCCGCCUCUCCUACCCCCUUUUCCCCGGGUAGAUACGGGCCCCUGUUAAUAUACUUACCUUUCCUGCAGGGUGCGCGGCUGGCUGAUGGAGUCCACUGGGAGGGACCUGACGUCCCACACAUCGUCUGCCAGCGCGCUGAUGAUGUGUGCACGCAAGGCCCUGGCCAAUGCAGCGCGGUGCCGAGUCAGGAGGCCACGGAGCGGCGAGUGAGAAGCUUCUUCAGUUCACUACCGCUCCGUGGUCAUCUAUCGCGAUAGGGCGAUAUAGACAAAAAUCUAUAUCGCUGCCCAAAUUUAUAUAGUUUAUAUUGCCCACUGCUUUUACAUAUACUACAAUUAUAUACAAUUACCCAGUGUAUAGGUGGUAGUUGUGAGUGUAGAGAUUGAAUAUACCCAGAUGACAGAGUAGUGAGAAACGACCUGAAUCUGUAGUAUUUUGAAGGAAUGAAGAACGGUGUAUGACUGUUAAACCUCCAGCUCUGUUUUUCUAGUACCACUUAAAGCAUGGUCCCCCCAAUACCGCUAAAACAAACUGCUGGUUUUCCAUUUUCUUAUAUUCCUUUGAUAAAGGCACUGGCUGUCGGAUGUGGGCAACAUGUAUUUUAACACUUUGUUUAGAGUAAAUAUUCUAUGAUAUGAAGAAGACCCAUCCCUCUUAUUAUAGGAAUGUAUUUAUUAUAGAAUAUAUAUUUAACAGACUGAAUAUCCACACUGGUAAUUUGCACAUUGUGUUUAGUUAAGGCAAACCCACUGGCCGUCAACGUCUUGGCCAGCCGUAUACGGACUGUCUAGUCUAAACGCUGAUUUAAUGAUUAGCCCAUUAACGUGUGUGUUUCCUAUGCCCACUGGCCAUUGAAUGCACUUUGUCAUCUGUCUUGUAUCUGUGGCUUGGAGUGCUGGAACCCUUUAAAGCAGUCUUAUGGGAUCAGAAAAGCAUGGCUGGCUUCUUUCAGAAACGGCGCCACUGUUGUCCAUAGGUUGCAUGUUGUAUUGACACUCCAGAGAAUAGCCCCAUGGGUAAGAGAGGUGCUGAAAAAGGAAGUAGUUAUCUCAUUUAAAGGUUGUCUGACUUGUAUUAAAACCUAACCAAAACCCUUAAAUGUGGGUUCACAUAUAGGUUUUGUGCCAAGAAGCUGGUUGGAUGGGAAUGAAAGUUGGGCUACUUUCACAGCUGCGUUUUCCUUACCGGCGUUGAGAUCCGUCAUGGGGUCUCAAUGCCGGAGGAAAGUGCUUCAGUUUUGUUCCCCAUUCAUUGUUAAUGGGGACAAAAGCGGAAUGGAGUGCACCAGAAUGCUAGAAGCGUUUUUGUGUGCGUCAUGGGAUACUGAUCAAGACUGAUCCGGCAUGAAAUACAAUGUAGGUCAAUGGUGCCUGAUUUGCCGUUUUCUCGGACACAAAAGAAAAGGGAUCUGGCGCCCAUUGACUUACAGUAGUUUUAGAGGCAAAUCCGUUUUGAUCAUUUUAGGAAUAAUAAAACCGGAUCCGUUCAUAUCGGAUGCAGCCGGUUGUAUUAUCCUAACAGAAGUGUUUUUGCUGACCAUGACUGAUCCAGUAACAAACGCAGAUGUAAAAGUAGCCUUAUAAAAGACUUCUGCUUCUCCUUUCUGCCGGAUCCACUUGGAUCAACUGCCACAAAAACCUAUGGGUUAACCCACCCUACUUGUGGAUGAAAGAACACAUACCACUUGAACCCCUGCAGUUUCCGGCUCUGCAGCUCCAGUCUCUGUUUACAGGCUGCCUCGGUGAUGUAGCUGUAUACGACGUAUGACCGCUGCAGCCAAUCGGUGACCUCAGCAGUAGAGUUGAGGACUGGAGCACUAGCAUUGGAUGUGGCAGCAGAUGAAGUAGGGAGUAUAUGUUCUUUAUAUAUUUUAGCACAUUUAUGGGAUCUGGGGGGAGGAGGGGUUAGUAAUAGUUGGACAGCCCCUUUAACACCUUUUCCUUAGUGAACAAGCCCUACUUUCUUAAAUGACAUUUCUUCCUAUUUUUCCUUUUGGACUUUUUACAUGCAGCCAUGUCAUUGCUCAAUUAAUAGAUGUUCUCUUGAAUCUUUAUACUGUUAAGAGGAACAGGUCGUUGAGUGCAAGUUUGUCUUUACUUUCUUAAGGGCUCUGGCAGCUGAACUGCUGUGGGGUGUCCUGGAGACAAUAUUGAGUCUCGCAGGUUCCCAUUGCCGAGGGACGCGGUGAUAGCACAAUGCGUUGCUGUUUCUUUGGUUGCAGUCUUGUUUGGUUUCAUGAACCCUUUGGGGCUUACUUAAUACAUCAGUGUGUUGGUACUGAAGUGCAGCACCAGACGGAGUUAAGCAGAUAAAUUGUGCCUUUUGUUCUUGCUGCCAUGCCGGGCAUGUUUGGCCUCCGAUUUUACUCUCUUAGGGUACUUUCACACUUGUGGCAGAGGAUUCCGACAGGCAGUUCCGUCACCGGAACUGCCUGCCGGAUCCGGCAAUCCUGACGCAAACAGAUGGCAUUCGGAUGC